AUGUCAGGAAGAGACGAUUACUAUGGUGGCGGUCGUGGAGGCGGUUAUGGCGGUGGUGGUGGAUACGGAGGAGGACCAGGGGCAAGAAUGCCUAUGAUGCGAACUAGUACAUCCUCUAUGGGCGAAGCCGCUUCCCAUCGGAUUUCCGAAGCAAACCAUCGGAUUUCCGACUCAAGAGAUAGGUACGAUUCAUACGAUGGCUAUGGCGGAGGUGGCGGUGGAUUUGGUGGCCCAGGUCGCCAAGGAGGAUUCGGUAGUGGUGGACCCCCGGGCGGAGGUUUUGGAGGUGGAUUCGGAGGCCCUGGAGGCGGUUUCGGUGGACCAGGCUUUGACGCCGCCCAAAGCCCUCUGGACGCAGAGAUUCAGGUUGUAAUUCGUGAGAUUCAUAAUGAACUGGGAAUGUUUGAUGCGUCAGGAGAGUAUGGAGAGCAGUUCAAGAACGCUCGCCGUCUUCUUGCUGCCGAAUCUGAUAAGCUAGAGAACAACAUCGAUCCUGAGUGGCUUGAAGUGGAUAUACCGAAACCAAUUAAGGUUACAAAGAAGGUUCUCAUACCAAAUUUCCGCCAUCCCAGAUUCAACUUCGUGGGAAAAAUACUAGGACCUAAAGGAGCAUCACUGCAAGCUAUGGCGAAGACGUACAAAUGCCAUAUCUAUGUUUUGGGUCGUGGAUCUACCAAGGACAGAAACAAGGAACAGGAAUUGCUCAGUUCGGGUGAUCCACAAUAUGCCCAUUACGGUGGUCCCCUUCAUGUGAAAGUAGAAACCAUUGCCCCAGCUCACAUCGCAUACAAAAGGGUUGCUGGAGUACUAGAAGAGCUGAACCGUAUUUUACAGCCAGUUCGUGAGGACACAACUCCAGGUCAUCUUAAAGAAGGAGAAAAUGGAAAUGGCGAAGCAGCAGAAGGUGGUGAUGGUUCUAAGGAUGGGGGCAAUGAAGGCGGAGGUACCCCGAACCGCGAGAAUUCAAUUCACCUAGAAAAGGAUAUAACGAUAAACCGCAAAACUCGUUCAGCGGCUCAGGUGGCCGUGGGGGGUUCGGUGAUCGUGGGCGAGGUGGCCGUGGAGCAGGUAUGCGUGGAGGAUUCCGUGGUCGUGGAGGACCAGGAGGCGGAAGACCCAGGGGGUUCCGCCCGUAUUGAAUGUAAUGAUACCGCCGCGACGUCUCAUAUUUCGUUUUCUGUUUCGGUUAUCUUCUCCAUCAGCAUCUACACUGUUUCGUCACGGUGCUCGUCGUUCUGCAGGAUCCGUGACCUCCAUGUUAAAAUAACGAAAUAA